AAGAAAUGUUCCCGCAACCAUAGAAUCCUUCAAUGAAUCGAUUCUUUUCUUUUACAGACAGAAAACCUCCGCAGCGAACCUCUGGAAUGCGUCGUCACCGUUUGUUUCCAGUCGGACCUCAUUCCGAGGUGCACCGACCACUUCCGCCCCAAACAGCAGCAGCUGCUUCACAGCUGGACGCUGCGAUGAUCUACCUGACGAUGAUCGCGCGCGUGGCGGACGGACUUCCGCUGGCUGCGUCCAUCCAGGAGGACGAGCAGGUCUCGUCCCGCAGCGCGUCGUCCUGCAGCUCGUCCCGCAACUUGUCCUGCAGAUCGUUGUCCUACAGCUCGUCCCGCAGCGCGUCGUCCUGCAGCUCGUCCCGCAACUUGUCCUGCAGAUCGUUGUCCUACAGCUCGUCCCGCAGCGCGUCUAUUCCUAAUCUAGACACAUACAUCCAGAAAACGAAGAAGUCGUACGUUGACAGCAGAGCCCGGCGGAACCUGAGCAGCAUCAACGCAGAGCUGCAGGACGUCCAGAGAAUCAUGGUGGCUAACAUGGAGGACGUCCUGCAGCGAGGAGAAGCUCUAUCUGCUCUAGACACCAAAGCCAGCAAUCUCUCCAGUCUGGCCAAGAAAUACCGCAGCGACGCCAAGUUCCUGAACACCCGCUCCGCCUACGCUAAAGUGGCUGCUGCUGCGCUCGUCUUCAUCACCUUCAUCAUCUAUGUGCGCUUCUGGUGGCUCUGAUGACAAACACUGAAACUGCUUCACUGAGUGGAGGAACUUUCUCCCGUCUGGCCUGCAGCUUUAGGGUUUCUUCUGUUUUCUCUUCAAUCUUUGGACUUUUCUAUGUAAGGAGACAGAUGUUCUACAGACAGAUGUUUACUGAAGCAGAUGUUUGCACACUGGGGGGGUGGAGCUACUGUUUAAUGA